AUGCGAAGCCUAUAUAUAAACGUUCCGGGUCUUUUUCCUUCCACCUCUCUAGCACGAGAAACAGUCCACCACAGAACAGAAAUGCUCCGAACCAUCCGAUCUUCCUCUCGACUUGGCGUCCGAGCCAUGUCUACCGCUGCCACCCGACGAGCUGCCCAGAUUGGCUUCCACACCCGAGUCCCCACUGUCGUCACCAAGGCCCCCACCCUCCGAAUGCAGACCACCCCUUUCUCUUCCUCUGCUCCCGCCCAGACCUUUGGUGACAAGAAGUACGAGCACAUCCUGACCUCCACCCCCGUCCCCAAGGUCGCUCUCGUCACCCUCAACCGGCCCAAGGCCCUCAACGCCCUGUGCACUCCUCUCAUUAAGGAGCUGAACGAGGCUCUCCAGGCUGCUGAUGCCGACCCCACCAUUGGCGCCAUCGUUCUCACCGGAUCCGAGAAGUCCUUUGCUGCCGGCGCCGACAUCAAGGAGAUGAAGGACAAGACCGUCACUUCCGUGCUCAACGAGAACUUCAUCGAGGAGUGGGGCAACAUGGCCAACAUCAAGAAACCCAUCAUUGCUGCCGUCAACGGCUUUGCCCUCGGUGGUGGAUGCGAGCUUGCCAUGAUGGCCGACAUCAUCUACGCCGGCGCCAAGGCCAAGUUUGGCCAGCCCGAGAUCAAGCUUGGUGUCAUUCCCGGAGCUGGAGGAACCCAGCGACUCACCCGAGCCAUUGGCCUCUACCGAGCUAACCACUACAUUCUUACCGGAGAGAUGUUCACUGCUCAGCAGGCUGCUGACUGGGGUCUGGCCGCCAAGGUCUACGAGCCCGCCCAGCUCGUUGACGAGUCCGUCAAGGCUGCUGCUCAGAUCGCCUCUUACGGCCAGUUGGCUGUCCAGGCCGCCAAGGCUUCUGUCCACCAGUCCGCUGAGGUCGGUCUCCGAGCCGGUCUCGAGUUUGAGCGAGUCCGAUUCCACGGUCUCUUUGGCACCCACGACCAGAAGGAGGGCAUGGCUGCUUUUGCCGAGAAGCGAGAGCCCAACUUCAAGAACGAGUAA